AAAUAAAAUAAAAUUGAGUCGUACCUAUAAGCCAUGGCCAGUGUGACACACACAUGCUCCUCCUUUACCAAAUUCCACUCAUCUCCAUCAUCUCUGUCUCUAUCUCCCUCUGAUCCUGUUUCCUCUCGGGAGCCAUGGAUCCCUACAAGAAUUGCCCAUCAAGCGCCUUCAAUUCUCCCUUCUGGACCACUAAUUCUGGUGCCCCCAUCUGGAACAAUAACUCCUCGCUCACGGUUGGAUCAAGAGGUCCAAUUCUUCUGGAGGAUUAUCAUCUGGUGGAGAAGCUUGCAAACUUCGACAGGGAAAGGAUCCCGGAGCGAGUGGUCCAUGCCAGAGGAGCCAGCGCAAAGGGUUUCUUUGAAGUCACGCAUGACGUCUCUCACCUCACCUGUGCUGACUUCCUUCGCGCCCCUGGAGUUCAGACUCCGCUCAUCGUUCGCUUCUCCACCGUCAUCCACGAGCGUGGCAGCCCUGAAACCCUGAGGGAUCCCAGAGGAUUUGCCGUCAAAUUUUACACCAGAGAGGGUAACUUCGACCUCGUCGGAAACAACUUCCCCGUGUUUUUCGUCCGUGAUGGCCUCAAGUUCCCCGACAUGGUCCAUGCCCUGAAACCCAAUCCCAAGUCCCACAUCCAGGAGAAUUGGAGGAUCCUCGAUUUCUUCUCCUACGUUCCCGAAAGCCUUCACAUGUUCUCCUUCUUAUUCGACGACGUAGGUAUCCCCCAGGAUUACAGGCACAUGGAUGGUUUUGGUGUCAACACAUACACCCUCAUUAGCAAAACCGGCAAGGCUCACUAUGUCAAAUUCCAUUGGAAAGCCACCUGUGGUGAAAAAUGUCUCUUGGAUGAGGAGGCCAUCAGAGUUGGAGGAUCCAACCAUAGUCAUGCCACCCAAGACCUUUACGAUUCAAUUGCUGCUGGAAACUAUCCUGAGUGGAAACUUUAUAUCCAAACAAUGGAUCCUGAACACGAGGACAGAUUUGAUUUUGACCCACUUGAUGUAACUAAGAUCUGGCCUGAGGAUGUUUUGCCCCUCCAGCCUGUUGGUCGCAUGGUCUUGAAUAAGAACAUAGACAACUUCUUUGCCGAGAACGAACAACUUGCAUUUUGCCCUGCCAUUGUUGUACCUGGCAUUUACUACUCCGAUGACAAAUUGCUUCAGACUCGGAUAUUCUCCUAUGCCGAUAGCCAGAGACACAGACUUGGUCCCAAUUAUCUGCAGAUCCCUGCCAAUGCACCCAAGUGUGCCCAUCACAACAAUCACCAUGAAGGUUUCAUGAAUUUCAUGCACAGGGAUGAAGAGGUCAAUUACUUCCCUUCAAGGUUUGAUCCUGUUCGGCAUGCAGAAAGGAUUCCCAUUCCUCAUCGAAUCCUAGAUGGGAAGCGUGAAAAGUGUAUGAUUGAGAAGGAGAACAACUUUAAGCAACCUGGAGAGAGAUACCGAUCCUGGGCCCCUGACAGGCAAGAAAGAUUUCUACGCCGAUGGGUUGAUGCUUUGUCUGAACCACGUGUGACCCAUGAAAUUCGCAGCAUCUGGAUAUCAUACUGGUCUCAGGCUGAUCGUUCUCUCGGACAAAAGAUAGCAUCUCACCUGAAUUUGAAGCCAAGCAUCUAAGAUUGGUGGUGACGACCCGAGCUUCUGAGAGUUGCAGAUGCAGGAGCAAUUGAGAAGUUUGUGGCACUGUAGUAGUUUCAAAGGACUGGUUAUUACAGUAUUAUAUUGUAUAUUGCUUGUUUCGCGAACUCCACUUCUUGACUUGUUUCAACGUAAUAAUACAAGUCCAUUGUGAUACGGUGAAGAUCUGCACGACCCACUGUUUCACAGGACUUUUUCGCCAGCUUCUAA